AUGGCCAUGUGGGAAACCGAAGACGAGAGGAGCGGGCCAGCUAGGCCAGUCCUGUCUACUGCCGUGGACGCACAACGACCGCGGAGCUCGAGGACGCCGUCGCGUGGCUCAAAACGAUCCUCACGCCGCUCAGUGACUCCCCCAGGGAAGAUUUCUUCGUCACCGCCACCAUUGCCUGGAAGCGACAAGACCGACAAGAGUGACCGGGUCUCAAAGGACAUCGCCACAGACAACAAUAUCAGCAUCCUGGAUCCGCGGAGAUUCACACCCACUCUGCAUGCUAACCUGGUUUCUGAAAUAUUGAAUCUGCGGAGAGACCAGGAAGAGAAGCUCAAACUUAUUGAGAGCCUAGAGUCCACGCUGCAAACGACGCGCGAUGAGGAGGAUUCAAUCCAAACGACACUCGUCAGCACGGCCAAGGAGAACAGAUCACUGAAGCGCCAACUGGCCCUGCUUGAGGGCGGCACAUCGUCAGCAUUGGGCGAGCUCGCCCGCGAACGAGACGAGGCAGUCGAGGCAGCUGCAGAAUCAAGAAAGAGGCUAGAAGCAGCACAGAAAAAGCUGAAGACGCAAGAGGACGACUCGGGAAGGACGCAUGAUCAGUGGGCCAAGGAAAAAGAUGACUGGGAUGAAGAAAGACGAAAAAUGGAGCGGAAGCUCCAUGUCGCCGAGACACGGCUGAAGACCAUCCUGGAAGAGGUGGCAGCAUUCCACGAUGCUCAAGCGAAUACUGAGGAAGAGAGUGGUGGCGAGGACAAGGGCAAGGACAAGGAUAGCGAUGCUGGCAGCGUUCGCUCGAUGAGCAUCCGGGAAAGCCUGAGGUUCUCCCUGAUGAACAAGGCGAACGGUUACUCCCUCGCCGACGAGCUCGACUUCGACGAUGAUUCAGACUACCAGACGGACCCGAACGGCCGAGACAGCGUCAUGUCAGCUCGCAAGCACGCACGGAAUGACAGCCGUGCCAGUAUCUUAUCCAAGAGCCAUCGUCGUCAUCGCAGCAGCGAGAGCUUCAUCAGGCCCGGCAGCGUGGCGCGUGGGAAAUUCCAGUCGCAGAUGCAGGCCGAAGGGAAUUUCGCGAAUGACAUAAUCCAGGAGAUCGAGGAACCGCCAUCACCUGCACACGCAAAACCAAAGGUCAGCUACACAGACACAGGGGUGCAGUACUCACCACCGCCGUCGCCGAAGCUGCAGCCAGGUAAACCUUCCAUACCGGAGCCGAGUGGGGUGACAGCACUGGCAGCGCGAUGGGAGAAGCACCAUGAGGCAGAGGCCACUGAAGCGAAUCAAAGGAGGAAGCGUGUCGCAGCUGCUGCUCGGCCAAUGUCGAUCCAAGCCGCGGCGCCCCAGAGCCUAAUGGUCUCUACCUCUGCGCAGACCGUGGACGUUCCUCUGAGUCCUCCCAAAACGCCCAAGAUUGAGUCGCUGGAGCCGACGCAAACGCCAAAGCCUAAGCCAGCAGACAUGGUUUCCGCUGCUACCCAAACGGAUACUACCGUCCCGCCUCCUCUGCUUCGGCCAGCGACACCUCCCGUUCCAGCUAUUCCUAGUAUCGCCAUACAUCCUCCCAAGAGUCGGCCCUCGACGCCCAAGAAGUCGCUUUUGCCGCAGCUCUUCAAGGACUUCGGUUGCCAGGUGUCCAUUUCGAGUGUGCCGAUGAGCUCUAGUGGUGUACAGACUGAAGAAAUCCGAAUUGAUCAGCGACUAGACAGGCUUCCUGCUCACCUACACCCCUCAGCUAUCAAUUCAAGGCCGACAUCCCCAGCACAGGGGACUGAGAUCCCGAACGACCCAGACCGCCACUUUACCCCAGUUCCUGGCAAUCUACCGCCUCGUAACCCUAGGAGGCUCACAAACCAGAGAAGCAUUGGCGAACUUGCGACUUCGGCUCGCAUGUCAAUAGAAUCCGAGACGAAAGAUGCAUAUCCGGGAAACAAUGACGAUGGCCCAGUGUCUCAGAAAGCGGGAGUGCGGAGACCUCAUCGGAUCAGCAGUUUGUUUGCCGGCUUCGAUGCUGUCAGUUCAGCGGAUGAGGCUGAUGACUUCGCUGACGCCGACAUGAGCGACACCGAGUACAGGACCGCUCUUUCGGCUCCUCGGCCAGUCAAGACGCCCGAACCUGGUCGAAGCACCCCGGGAUCCGUGCCGUCAUCGCCGGAAGAGGUGGCACCGAAGAAAUCUGCCCAUAAAAUUUCUGCUCGUCAGACCGGUAAGAACGAGAUCCCGGCAUCUCCCAGGCUUGCAGACAGCCCCGAAGGCUUUGGGCCAGCCAGGAAGGGUUCAAAGGGUCACAUCCGCGGCUCGGGCAUGGGCGGAAAGUCUGGAGGAAUGCGAAAGGCCGCCAUGAUCCAGAAUGGCAUCACGACGCAUCAGGAAGACGCCAAGGACCCACCGUUCCCCAUUCCGACAAGAGCCAGUUCUCGCAAGCCUCUCAAUGGCAGCGCGCCCAGCGACGGCAACCGAAGCCCUACAAGAAAUGAGCCCUGGAAGAAGAAUCGUAUGCCACUCCAUCGUGCCAACAGCCUCCGUAAGAGCAGGUCGGGUGCUGCUGGGCACAGUAAGAGCAGGGGCCGGAGGCAGAACAGCAGGUCACCCCCCUACACUCCUGACCUGGCCCAUGACCCAAGCAUCCCCCCUCUGCCACGCAAUCAGCUCACCACGCCCAAAAACGAUCGUGGUAGGGCCAGGGGUCACAGUCACCAUCCUUCCACGAACACUGCGACGACAGAAGCAACCGGCUUCCAGUCCAACGCCAGCACGCAGCCGGCUGCGACCACGGUUGUAGACGCCAUCGCUCAGACAAUGGUUGGCGAGUGGAUGUUCAAGUACGUUCGCCGGAGGAAGUCCUUUGGCGUGGCGAACGACAAUGUCGGCAAGGAUGACUCGAGCAAUGACAGGCACAAACGCUGGGUGUGGUUAGCCCCAUAUGAGCGAGCGAUCCUCUGGAGCAGCAAGCAGCCUUCUAGCGGCAGCGCACUGCUCGGCAAGUCCGGUCGUAAACUCACCAUCCAGUCCGUGCUUGACGUGAAGGACGAUAACCCGCCACCAAAGGGCCAUACCGCUGUCUUCAACCGCUCGAUCCUCAUCCUAACCCCCCAACGAGCAUUGAAGUUCACCGCAGUGAACGCCGAACGUCACUACUUGUGGCUGACUUCGCUGUCCUUCCUCGCUCACUCUCAGCAGCAAGUACCUGAUUUACCAGCACCACCAGCGCCAGCUCCGGCCAAAACACCAGACUUUGAUAUCCCCCCAAGUAAGGCUAAAUCCCGAAGACCACGCAUCCGCGACUCCAUCCGCCUUGCCAAGGGCCACAAUACCAACAUCGCAGCCAACAACGCUGCCGCGGCCCAUCCCAGUGGAGGCUUAGGAGGAGUGAUGACAUCCCAGCUGACAAACGGAGGUCACCAACCGGCGCCCAUGCCCAGUAUUCCAGAUGUCCCUUCGAGCCUCAUCCCAGGAUAUAGGUCCCCACCCCCGCCAGCAGCCAGCGAGAGCGUCGCCUCUGGAUGCUCGAACCCGUCAAACCCGUCGAACCAAACCAACCCGGGCCAGCACAGCCGGGACUGGUCCGGCGAUGCCGCAGAACCACCGUUCAUCCCCCGCUUCCAAGAUCGGGACCGUCCGCAGGUUGGCGGCGGUGCCGUGAUCCACGGACGCAAGAGGAGUAAUACCGGCGGCCACGUGCCUCCACCACUUUCAUUUCGCGGCUUCUCCGGGCCCACCAGCUACCACGCGCCGACCAACAGCCAAUCGACGGGCACGGGCUCCUCGGAGGUGUACUCAAAUCCUAGCAACAACAGCCACAGCACGCCGUACUCGGGUCCGGCGUCGGCGGGGCUCAGCAGCCAGGGCUGGGGUGGGAUGAGUGUCGUCAGUGGGCGGACCAGCGAGGCGUCCAACAGGACCAGCGGGGCCAACUUCUUCGACGCGAUCGGCACGGUGAGGAUGGAGGCGUUCAUCAGCCCGCUGGCUUUCAGCCAAUUCGGCCCCGAGGGUGACAACGGCGGCGGCGGUAUCAGCGGCGGCAACUUCCCAGACCCCCUUGAGGAUUCGAGGUACCGGGCGAGGAGAAGAUCCAAGGAGAUCCGUCGGCGGAGGAGCAGGAGUCGUCAGAGGGACAGCUAUUCCUCGCGCGGUGCGAGGAGUGACUACUACAGCGGGAGCAGGACGGCGGGUGAGGAGGAGUACAUGAGGGACGACCCUUUUAAGGGGUUCUGA